CAUCAAAAUAAGAUUUUCUAAGAAUACCUUGAUAAGACAUUUUUAAAACUGUAUAAAUAAUGUAAAUCUGCUUAUAUUAAUUAGUAUUGUUUAUAGCAAACAAACGAUAGCAGCAAUAAUGAUGAUUACUUGGGCACUCUUUCUUCUUACUGCCACGGCAGCGACUGCGUCCCGACCUCCGAGCAACUACAUCGUCGGUGGAGAGGACGCGUCUAUCUACGUCUACCCGAGUGCUGCCCAGAUAGAGUGGAAGAGCCUCCUUGAUGAUGAGUGGACCCUGAUAUGCGGAGCCACCAUCCUCAAUGAACGCUGGCUUCUGACUGCGGCUCACUGCUUCGUACCGUUCUUCGUCGGCAUCGAAAGAACUCGCAUCCGGGCUGGCGCUACCCGCCGCGGCGAGGGCGGUCAAGUUGUCAAGAUCAAGUCUUACAUAGUCCACCCCGACUACGCCGUGGCGGCCCCCCACGAUUCAGACAUCGCACUGGUGGAGCUGGAGCGGUCAUUGGUCUUCUCUGAUGCUGUGAACUCGGCCUCCAUCUUCGCCGACGGGAUUGAAGUGUCUGAUAACGAGGCAGUUUAUGUCGUUGGAUGGGGCGAUACUGUGGGCGAUUCUCUUGAGGGCUCGUCAGGCAACUACUCACCCAUCCUGCAAGAGGUGACCCUCUUCACAGAGAACAUUGAAGAGUGCAAAAUGAUCUACGAAGGCGAGGAAGUGGUGACUGACAACAUGCUGUGUGCUGGAAACCAGGGGGACGGCGGCAGAGAUGCCUGCGCCGGGGACUCGGGCGGGCCAGCGUUCUACCUCGACGGAAGCGGUGAUGUCCUGGUAGGAGUAGUGUCGUGGGGUUCAUUCCCGUGUGGCAGUCCCGUGCAACCAGCGGUUUUCACCAAGGUUUCCGCCUUUACCAGCUGGAUUUUGAGCAAUGCCGUGUAAAUUUUAUAUGUGUAAUGCCAUGAAAUACUCGUGAAUAAAUUGUUCUGAUCGAAA